UUUGGUCGUUAUGGGCCUAUAGUUGAUGUAUACGUUCCACUUGACUUCUACACUCGUCGUCCCAGAGGAUUUGCUUAUGUUCAAUAUCCUUUCUUCAGAUGGCUGAUUAGUGAGGGGUGUUGACGUUUGAAAUUCAAGUUUAUGUAAGAGAAUGUAAAGCUGUACAGUAAUGGCGACCCCAAAGAGAAAGCAUGAAAGAACCUUUAGAGUAGAGUUCAACAAUUAAGGCAAGUAGACAAGCCAAAGACCUCUUAAGGAUCAGGCUUGAAGAGAAGGGAGAGUUUGGGAAAAGAAAAAAUAAAGAAAAGCUGGAAGAAGGACAAGCCAUAAUGGGAGACAAAGCUUCGCUUUAUCUGCAAAAGGGGGAAAAGGUUGUUUUUCAAAGUAAAAGAUAAAGCCAUCUGUCAUUUUUGGCCAAGCAUCUCAUGACAAGUCCUUCUGACAAGCACUUAAAGAGUUAAAGGUCAAGAUGAAGUUGAAUGGUGGCCAAGAUUAAAGGAGUCAUACCUGAUGUAUCCUACAGAAUAACAGUUUUUCUUCUGUUUGUCAUGUCACGUAGCUGGGAGAAGGUGUGUGAAUACAGUGGUGGUCAUCUCGCAGAUUAAAAUGAGCAAUGCCUGUGUUGCUGAACACCUGACCCAUAGUGUAGGAGUUGUGUGUGCCUUUAUGUCAGACUCUUCAAGAACCUUAACACUCCCCACAUUUGAAGAUGUCCGUGAUGCAGAAGAUGCUCUCCACAAUUUGGAUCGAAAGUGGAUUUGUGGUCGGCAAAUAGAAAUCCAGUUUGCACAGGGGGAUCGGAAGACCCCAAAUCAAAUGAAAGCCAAGGAAGGGAGAAACCUGUACAGUUCUUCUCGUUACGAUGACUAUGACAGAUACAGGCGGUCUCGGAGUCGGAGUUAUGAAAGGAGACGCUCGAGAAGUCGCUCUUUUGAUUACAACUACAGAAGAUCAUAUAGUCCCAGAAACAGUAGACCUACCGGAAGACCCCGUCGUAGCAGAAGCCAUUCGGACAAUGAUAGGUUCAAACACCGCAAUCGAUCUUUUUCAAGAUCUAAGUCCAAUUCAAGAUCACGAUCCAAGUCACAGCCCAAGAAAGAAAUGAAGGCUAAAUCACGGUCUAGGUCUGCAUCUCACACCAAAUCUAGAGGCACCUCUAAAACAGAUACUAAAACACACUAUAAGUCCAGCUCAAGAUAUGAAAAGGAGUCGAGAAAAAAAGAACCAGCUAGAUCCAAAUCACAGUCAAGAUCACAUUCUAGAUCUAGGUCAAAAUCCAGAUCAAGGUCAUGGACUAGUCCCAAGUCCAGUGGCCACUAACAGUGUAUCCAUGUUGUUUUUAGGCAUGUAAGACUCAUUUACACACAGUUCAGUUUACUUAAAUUACCAGGAAUAUGAUGUUGCAACAGUGCUAAAAAAUAUUUUCUUUGUCAGUUUUCCCUGUAGCCAACAAUGGUUAAAACUAAAACAGUGUUGAGAAGCCACUGAGAGAGAGCAAUUGAGAGAGAGAGAGAGAGAGAGAGAGAGAGAGAGAGAGAGAGAAUGUCCACUUGGUUAAAUGUCAUGGGCAGCUACUGAUUUGGUUGUGGUGUCUCUAUGUAUAUUUUUGUAAAGAUUUGCAUUUUUAAUGCUUAGAUGUUGGUGAUGACUUGAUUGAUCAUAACUUGCAACAUUGUCCUAUUAAAGAUGUCAUACCUUAGAGGAAUUGGUACCAGUUUGUGCUGAACAGUUAAACCAGGUGUUUAACUUGUUCUUUAACACUAAACUUUGUGAUAAAGUGGAAAACUUGACAGCUGUGGUGCAACACGGGCUGCUGUGAAAUGCAGGCUGGCAGGUUUGCGUUGUUCUCCACGCCCACUGACACGAGUAGGUUGGUAAAUGGAGCUCCGUGGAGAGGCACUUUUGAGAUUUCUCUUGAACCCAGCCAUCUGGAGAGAUGGUACUAAUAUAGCAUGGCCUACACGGGGAGAGAGUUGGUCUUGGAAGCUCAUUCAGAGAGUGUUCACUGUCGUGACUUGUCAGGAUAGAGGCUUCGCUGCUUUUGACCUGGCUGCUAGUACGAAAUGUGUGAGGGGGAAAAGCCCAUCACCUCGAAAAGGAAGAUUCAAUUCAGAUUUCAGCAAAUGGCAGAACAACUAAAUAUUAAGUUGUGUGUACAUUUUAUGCAGGUUUUGUAUCUAUUCUAAGUUUUAGUGAGCAGUUACCAUAAGUUGCUUAGUUUUCCUGCUGUUAGAUACCAGUAGAUUGUUUCGAGUUGUGUGUGUACAGUAUAUAAGAACUAAACUUUUAUGCCAAUGACUCCUGUGGUUAGUUGGUGUAUUCAUAGGUAUAAAGCUGUAGCCAUUUCUCCUCCUGAGUAACAAAGGCUUGCUUUUACACCUCCAAGUGUUUGGUCAGGCAAGUCUGAAUCACUUCUUCCUCAGAACGGAUAGUGGUUUGGUUACUAGAUUUCAUUUUGCUUAAGAACAAAUGUUUGAAGUUGGAUAUGAACAAGAGCUGCAUCUCUAGCUAUUUAGUUUAUCACUAAUACAGUAUAUUUAGUAAAUUGAAUGUGAAAAAUAACAAAUCCAGUGUGUAAUCUUACCAGUAUUUCUCUAGAAGGCAAGAUGCUUUGUUAUGAAAGUGGCUUUUGGCGUUGUUUUUUCUCCUAUUUACCUUCCAAAGCCAGCAUCCGACACUCGGUGUUCCUCGCUGUCUUCUGUGGGUGCAUAUAAAGAUGUUGGUUUCAACGAGUUCUUUUUUGGAGAAGAUGUUUUAGGUUUUUGGGUUUAGUGUUUUCAAGCAGGACCUUUACAGGAACACAGAUGGCUUUUAAAUACUGGCAGUGGAACGUGCUUAGGGGGUUGAUCGUAGAACCUUUGUACAUUUGAUAGUAUUUCUAACGUUUUCUUCAUUGUUUGCAGUUAAUGUUCAUGUUCUGCUAUGCAAUCAUUUAUAUGCACGUCCCUUUAAUUUUGUAGACUUUCCUGGAUGUAUAGUUUAAAAACAGCAAAAGGUCUAUUUAAAACUGUAGCAGUAGCGUGCAGCUCUAGCAGAGGAAAGUUGUGGGAUUAAACUUUGUAUUUCCUUUCUUAUA